AAUAUUGGCCGUCGAAUCUCAUCAACUGCCCCACAUUAAAUCAGCUUUGCACAAGUUGUUGCAAAUUUCACAAUUAUUUCUGAAAAGAAAGAAAAAGAAAAUUCUAGCAAGAAUCAUAGCUGAAGAAGAUGGCAAGCAUGGAAACGAAAGAGGUAGAGUUUGAGAACAAGGAACUGAAGCACUUAGGAUUCGUGAGAGUGGCUGCGAUCCGCACCCUGGUUUACGUUUCGUACCUUUACGAGUUCGCCAAACAGAACUACGGCCCGUUUAGAUCAACCGUCGGAACUGUCGAGGGCGCUGUUACGACCGUCGUUAGUCCCAUAUACGAGAGAUUUAAGGAUGUUCCUGAUCUUCUUCUCGUCUUUCUGGAUAAGAAGGUAGAUGAGGCUUCACACAGAUUUGAGGAUCAUGUUCCAGCAAAAGCGAAGCAAGUGAUUUACCAAGUCCAAGAUUUGCUUCACAAGACAGCACAACAUGCUCGGAAGCUAGGCAACGAGGCUCGAACCAUUGGACCUCGAGGAGCGGUGCGCUACGCCGCGGGGGAGUACAAGCAGCUCCUUGUGGUAUGGUCAUCCAAGUUGUGGGUUAAACUGAAUGACAGCUCCACUUUCCACUCGAUGGCCAAGAAGGUUGUUCCGAUGGCGGCAAAUUUGUCAGGUAAGUAUAACGGUUUCGUUAAUGACAUGAGUGGGAAAGGGUAUCCUUUGUUUGGAUAUCUGCCGUUGAUACCCGUUGAUGAGUUGAGUAAGCAAAUUAAGGAAGCCGAAGCAAAGGAAAAAGAACAUUUAGAUGAUGAUAAAUCAGAUUCUAUUGUAGCAAAGGAAGAAAAAGAACAUUUAGAUGAUGAUAAAUCAGAUUCUACUGAAGCAAAUGAAGAAAAAGAACAUUUAGAUGAUGAUAAAUCACAUUCUACUGAAGCAAAGGAAAAAGAACAUUUAGAUGAUGAUAAAUUAGAUUCUACUUCUGAUUCAGAUUAGGAGUUCAAUUUUUCUUAUUUGGAAAAUAGAAAUAUAUUUAAUUUUGUGGGGUUUUUUUGUUGUGUUGGUAGAGGCAAUGCCAAGUUUGCCAUUGUAAAUUGGGUGUUUGUUUAAACUCUUUGCUUAUGAAUAUGAGUAUAAUAUGUAUAAUAGAGACGAAAAGUUAUAUAUAAUAAAUACAGUGAUAUAUUAUCUA